GUUACACGCAGAUAUAUCUUACGACGUCGGCGACACAGUAGCUCCACAACUAAUCCUAUCCAUUGACGUUAUAACAGAGGAAGAAGACUCGUUCUUGAAAGGAACUAAAAUACGACGAAUGUCGAAAAUGGCUGACAACAUUAGACUGGUACUAAAGCUCUUGGUACUCUUUGUUCUUAUUGACGCAGUUGGCGCCGUACAUCCCGAGCAUCCACCCGACUGCGGCGAGUUGGGAGCAAUACCGUUGCUAAACCACUGUAGCAUGCGUGGCGCUGCUCUCGGCAAUAACAGUUGUGCAGAUGAAUACAGGGAACAUUGUACCGGUGCCGAGGAACUUUGCUGCGAAAUGGGACUGAAAAUUGACAGUACUAGUUGUGAUGCGCGAACUUCUUCCCAGGCACCUUCAUACUGCUCCGAUAACAAUACCUUCACGAUAUGUUGUGAGUGCUGUGAGACUGCGCAGACUGGCCAAGGAAUAUGUGCUGAGAAGGCUGCAGCGCAUCCAGAUUGCCCCAGAGCUACCAUCUUAGCUUGCUGUGAGGACGAUACUUCAAACUUAAACCCUCCUAUCGCCAAAACUGGCAGAGAUACACCCAUAGUUACUAUUGAACUUGGAUAG